AUGAAUUUUCAACGUAAAACACGAGAAAACUCUGUGGAUACUCGAUCACAAAAAGAUCUUGCUACAAUGAAUACCAUUCCUAUAUCUUCCGAAAAAUGUCAAAAUGGGGAGAAUAUGCACCCAUCACAGCAACGAUCAAUCUCAUGUAUUCGAGUUCCAACAAAUGCUCCGAACAUUGAAUUUAAACGUGAACUUUGUCCUUAUGCAAAUAGAGGUCAAUGCCGCUACACCGCCGAUGAAUGUAAAUAUCUCCAUACACCAUGCGGAAAUUUUGAUUCAUGUUCACAGUCCAACUGUCCUCUAGCUCAUGCAAGACCAUUAUCUUCUAAACUGUGUCUUAAUGGAAUCCGAUGUUUCAAACCUGAUUGCCGAUUCGAACAUCCGGCGGGGUGGAGUGCUUGUAAUAAUGGAGUACAAUGUACUCGCUAUGACUGUAAUUCUAACCAUCCACCUACUCGUAAACAAAAGUGUCCUCACGGAAAUCGAUGUAGCACCAAUAAUUGUAAACUUCUUCAUCCUAAUAUGUCUUCUGAUGAAUGUUUGUGGGGUACAAAAUGUCAAAAAUGGGAUUUUGAAAAAAGUCAUCCUAUCGGUCGACUUCAGCUUUGUUCCAAUAAAGAUUAUUCCAACAAUGAGACAUGUGGUUACUUGCAUCCGCCUAAAUAUGCCAAAUCACCAGUCACCAUUCCGUUGUUAUCGUAUAACAAGCUAAAUAUUAUUCCUGAUUCAGCGAAGGAACAAUCAGAAAUGAUUGAAUUAAGUGCUGCCAAGCAAAAUUUUCUGGAAUCUUUUGGUAAGAAAAUCUUGGAUAAAAUUCUUAAGGAAGAAGGUAUUAAAAACGUAAAACUUAACAAUGGUAAAAUUGAACUAUCGGGAAAUAGUUCAGCAAUCAUAAACGUAAAGUCUUAUCUCCAACAGACGCUUCACGAACAGAAUGUGAUGAUUACAAAUAAUCUGAAGAAAUAUUUACUGUUAUCUGCUACAGGACGUUUAAUGAAGAGAUUUUUACAAAAAUACCCUGUAGGAAUUUCUUAUUCUGAAAUAUUAGCAGGUCCUCUUUCGACUGCUAAUGAUAUGAUAACAAUUAAAAAUAGGCAUGAUGCAGAUGAAAGAAGAAAUCAAUAUGAUAGUGAUCAUAAUAUGAAUCAAUCAGAAGACGAACAAGAGGAUGAAGAUAGUGAUGAUGAUGAUGAUGAUCGGAAGAGUACUAUUUCAAAUACAUCAUCUAAUUUCACAAAUAUAUCGAGUAAUUCUAAACAUCGUCGUAAUUUUUCACAAAAAUUUAUAAAAGUUACAUUAUGUAAUGACUUGGAAGAUUUAUUAUCUGAAGCCAUAAAAGAAUUACAAAGUUAUAUUUUGUACACCCGAUCAUGGCCAUUAAGACAAGAUGAGAUUGCAUACAUUUUAAAACAGUCGAAACUAAGCAAGCCUUUUAAAAAAAGAGUUCGUAAUCAAUGUUUUUAUAUUAAAAGUUAUCUCAGUGGUCUCGUCCAAUCCACUCCGAAUUCCAUAGUAACAAUCUUUGUAAAUCAUAAAAAUGGCGCACAGCGUGUGAAAGUGAGAGGAUUCAAGGACCAUGUAAACAACGCUGUAUCGAAAAUACAGAACUGGCUAAAUGAUAAUGUUGAAACUGAAGUACAACUUCCUAUUUCCAAAGUUAUGUCAAUUUUUCUCCGAACAAAAGCUUCGUCUGAUAUAAAGAAAAUGGAAAAAACUGAUCAUAUAAAAAUAACAAUUAUAUCAACAGCUUAUCGAAAACAUGUGGAUGAUGAACAAGAUGAUGACACCAAUUGCUUGAAACUCAGUGGUUCUUAUUCGCACAUUAGUUUCGCACGAGAGAAAGUAGAAGAUUUUCUUGAAAGUUUAUUCGAACAAGAAAAACAAUUUUCUUGUCAUAGUUGGGAUAUUUCAAAGAAUGUUUCCCAAAGUCUUCGUAUACGUCUGAAAGAACUACAAAACUCAGAUGAUUGUGGAGCAAUAGGAUGGCUAAAAACUUAUACAGCGACAGAAAGACAAGAUAUUACACCACAAGUUACUAUAACAAUAGUUGGUUUGAACGAAGAAGCAGUUGAGAAUGUUAUUGAACAAUGUCAAAAUAUUGUAGAAGGUUAUGUUAUUUGGAAACUAUCUUCCAAUGAGUAUCGUGCGAUAGUUAAUGCGCUAGUAGUGAAAAAGUCACCGUCUGUUGAUGAAUUUCGACAGCAAUGGGAAACUGAUAUACGAUUAGAUCAAAAUACGAAUACUAUCAUUAUUCCUGCACGAUCGAAAAUGAUAGCAGAUGAUAUCAAGGAAGCUUUACUAAGUUUAGGAGAAGAAAAACAACUUCGAGUGAAUCGCAUAUCUGAAUUCAUUCCUAUUCAACCUAAUAUUCGUCGUUUUGUUAAUCAAAUUAUUAAUCCAAUAUUCGAUGAAGCAAAACAACAAAAAGUUUUUGUAGAAUCUAAAAAGCGUGAUGGAUUGAAACUGCACGGUCUUCCUAAUACUGUUACGGAACUCAAACAAAAGAUCAAUUCUGUUAUCAAUGAAAUUAAGCAAAAUAUCAUUACUCGUCGUUUACAGUUGUCAUCAACCGAGUCAAACUUGUUUCGAACUGAUGCAUAUAAAUUAGUAAAGAGUAUUGAACGAGAAACAAACACUGUGAUUUGUGAUGUUGCAACAAAUAAAACUGAUUUAACAUUAAAGAUCAAUGAAAAUGAUACCAACUCAUUGAUAACUAUUGUUGUAAACAGUCGAGGUCAAACCAUUGUCGUAGAAAAAGGUGAUAUAACUAAGGUAAAAAAUCUCGAUGCAAUUGUGAAUGCAGCUAAUGGAACAUUAUAUCAUGCAGGUGGUGUAGAUAAAGCGAUUGCUGAUGCUGCUGGUCCCGCAUUUGAUCAAGAAUGUAAACAAUUAAUUGCAAAGAAUGGAGGUUUACCUAUUUCUGCUGGUAAAGUAGUUAAGACAACAGCUGGCAAUCUUCCUUUUAAAUCUGUUAUUCAUGCAAUUGGUCCUCAAUAUACAGAUGGUGAUCAAAACGAACGUCCAUUAUUAUUCUCUAGUGUUUUAUCUAGUUUGAGACUUGCUGAAAAUGAACGUUAUGCAAGUGUUGCUUUACCAGCUAUCAGCUCUAAAACUUAUGGUUUUCCAUUAGCAGAUUGUACAAAUAUUGUGGUUCGUGCAGUGAAACAAUUCUUCGCCAAUUAUCCACAAUCACAUUUGAGAAAAAUUAUUCUAUUAGAUAUGGAUGAAGCAGCUUGUAAUUCAUUUGCACGUGAAAUUGCUAUCGAUCAUAGAAGUGGACUUCUAGAUGAUGACGAUAUUAUUAACUAUGAGUUACCUACAUUGACGGCUAAAUGGUGUUGGCAAGAUGAUGAUGGUGAGAAAAUCUAUGAUGAAAAUCAUGCACGUCAAAUUGAGGCUUCAUUUCAACAUUAUUUAAAAACUUCUAAGAUGCCGACAUUAGUGAUUCCUGCUGAUAAUUUACGAAGCGGUAUUAUUGUGAACUACAGUAUUCAUUUUCUUCCAAAUUUGAAGCAAUUAUUAAGAGACACACCAAAUAUGCUAAAUAGUCGUUUUGUCUCAGGACAUCAAAUGAGAGAUAGUACAGGCUAUAAACGACCAAUCAUUCGUUAUCCAGUUGCACAACAACCGAAAUCUAUUCCUGUUAUGUAUCAUCUCAAACCAUUAGAUCUAUAUGAUUUGAAAUUAGAAACGACCAAAGUCGAUUGGGAUAUAAUUGGUCUUACGAAUGCAGCUAUACAAAAAGCUGAAGCAACGAUUCGAAAAGCAAUUGAAUCUGCCACGAUUUCAGAACCUUUCUCCAUAAAUCUGAAUAAAGACUUUAAUAUACAUAAAAAAGAACUCGUCAAAAUUGCAAAUCAACAACAAAUUCAAAUCGAUUUUCAACAAGAAUGUUCAGGACAACUAUUGAUGAUAUUAAAAGGUUUAAAACCAAAUGUACAAGAAGCAAAAUUAAAGAUUAGCAUAUACGCUCAUGACAUAUUGAAAAAGCACAUAGAUAACGAUAGUGAAUUGGACAUACCGAAAGAAUGGGGUGAUCAAAGUGAAAAUCUCAAGCUAGUUGAGAUUCCUAGGAAUCAUCUCAGCUUUACUCGUAUUGAAAAUCGUAUGAAAGAAACUAUGAAAGAUGUAAAAAUCCAUAAGAUUGAACGAGUACAAAAUUUACGUAUGUGGAAUCACUAUGCGUUUCGCCGUCGAGAGCUCAAAAAGGAACUGAGUCAUAUGCCUAAUUUACAAAUUGAAAUGAAACUAUUUCAUGGAACGAAAGAGACAUCACCCAGUGAAAUCUACAAUGGUGAAUAUGGUUUCGAUAUGACAUAUAGUACGAGUGGUAUGUGGGGUAUUGGCACAUACUUUGCGAAAAAUGCUUCAUACUCAUGCAACGGCUAUGAUCAUAAACUACCGGAUGGUAAAGGGCAAGUGUUCUUAGCCCAAGUGCUAACAGGAGAUGUAUAUGAUUGCAAGAGUGAUCCAAAAUUGCGUCGACCCCCGAAAAAAAAUGAGACAAAAUCUGGUCUUCGACAUAACAGUGUAUCAGGCGAUACAGGUGGCAGUAAAGUUUACAUUGUUUACGAAAACCGUGUGGCCUAUCCGACUUAUUUGAUUACAUUUACGAACUAA